GGGCGUUCUGGGUACCCACCCACCGCUAGUCAUGUGAGCCGCCAAAAUGGCGGCGCUCGGGCGUGAGGCUGGGGCUGACCUGAAGGAUGCAGGUGUGGUGCCGCUGAGAGCUGGGGAAGCGCCCAAGCUCUGAAAAAGCUAGAUCAAGAACUACAAAGGACCUGGCUACCUUUGGGGAAAACUGUAAGAAAAACAAAAAUUCAGUAUCUCAGGAAGUUAUCCUUCUACACUAGGUCCUAAGGACAUCAGAAUGGCAGCAUACACACAUGGUCAGCGCAGUCUUUCUUUGGAAGAUGCAAAAUUCAGAAGACCAAUGGUCAUCGAAAUCAUAGAAAAAAAAUUUGAAUAUCUUAGAAAAGAAAAGACUUUAAAUAUAUAUGGCACAGUGUUCUUUGGAACAGCAGCUAGUUUCUCUGGAAUAAUAGCCAACUUCAUUUUCAGACAAUGCUUCAAGGUUAAACAUGAUGCUUUGAAGACAUAUGCAUCCCUGACUACACUUCCGUUUUUGUCUACUAUAGUCACUUAUAAGCUCCUUGUAACGGAUGCUUUGUAUUCGGGCAACAUAAGCCAGGAAAAUUGUGUUCUGAGAAGUUCACUGAUUGGCAUUGUAUGUGGUGUUUUAUAUCCCUGUGGUUUGGCUUUUUCUAAAAAUGGACGCCUGGCAGUCAAGUAUCAUACUGUUCCACUGCCACCAAAAGGAAGGGUUUUACUUUACUGGGUGCUGCUUUGUCAAACAGAGAUAAAAGCAAUGAUGAUUCCUCUAGUCUUUCAGACGGUCUUUGGAAUAUUUAAUGGUCUACAGCAUUAUGCAAGAUUUGAAAGUACAUUUGAGAAAACUGUACAUGAAGAUUAAAGAGUGAAUGGAUACUAAGUCAGCAGAAUGGGUUUUUUUAUGAUGAGGACUCAGGCAUUGCUGAAGCAGUUAAAAGUAACUCUGGACAGUUUGUUUCUGUUCCUUUUGCCUGGUAUACAGCAGGUUCUCAAUAAAUAUUCAGUAAUUCAGUAUUUAAAUGUAA